AUGAAGCGCUCUCCGCAUGACAUCUUCAACGAAGCUGAAACAAAGAUGAACCAACUGACUCUUGAAGGUAAAACACGAUUUUUUCUGGCUUUAGACCUUUACAAGCAAGCAGGACUUGGCUUCAAGAAUGCUCACAACUUCCAGAGGGCUGGUGAUGCAUAUAGACGUGCUGUUGAUUGCUCAUUCCAUCUAAACAACCAGAACGAAGCCGCAGCUAAUGCUGCUGAAGCUGCCAGACUUUAUCUCAAAUCUCCAGCUACACAAAAGAAAGCUGAGGAAGCAUUAAAUGUUGCAGUAAAAUUCCUUUGCAACAAUGAUAACUUCAUGGAAUCAGGCAAAUUGCUUACAGAAUUCGCCCAAACUUAUGAAAAUUCCAGAAAAUACGAUCAGGCUGUCAAUGCUCUCAAAUGGGCAAGCAAGAUAUACUACGAGAAUAACCUCGAAUUCGAUUCAACACGUGUUGAUCGUCAAAUUGGCCAAAUCCUUGUUUCACAACAAAAAUGGGCAGAAGCAGGAACUCAUUAUACAGAAUUUGCUCUCAAAUUAAGCAAAGGUGGAACAACAAUCGAGCCAUGCGACCUUGCAGGCAAAGCUGUCAUGUGUACGCUUUUAGCAACUGGUCCUUUACAAGGAAGAGAACUUGUAGGAAAAUUUAACACGAAUGUUAGUGGAUGGACAACGUCGAAUGAUUACAAACUAGUUAAUGACGUUAUUGACGCCACAAUUUCGCAUCUUGAAUCUAAAAUUCAAAAAGCAGUUCAGGACUACAGAAAUGAGAAGCAAAAUGAUAAGAUUAUGGCUGAUAUUCUUAUUAGAUCUGUUGAUAUACUCAAAACCAAACAUGUUUAA